AUGACAUCCCAUUUAUGCAUCAUUGGUAAAAAGUUGACUUCGGGUACGUUUUAUUCGGGAGAUCGGCUCCAGGGUGGACGUCAUACCUCAGAGCAAAAGACGCGAACUUUUCACAGAAGCGCAUCAUGGAACUAUGGGGAUGAGACAGGACAUUGCGAAAUGGUCCAAAGAAUGCCAAAAGUGCAUUUGUGCAUAACACAUAAAGUAAAUACUCCUCCGCUGAAGCCGGCGUUCGAAAUAGUUGGUAUUGACUUGCUCGAAGAUGGGCUUAUCGAGUCGGGGAACAGAUAUAUAGUCACGAUCAUAGACCACUUCACAAGUUUCUCGGGGCCUACCAGUGCCAAACAAAGAGCUGAAACAGUGGCAGAAGUUCUUUUCAGCCAGUGGAUUUGCGCGCGCAGGAAGAUGGCCGGAAACAGUACUCUCAGAUCGUGGAACGAUUUUGAGAAUGCUGUCGUUACUGCUUUAUGUGAAAUAAUGGGCACAUAUGUGAAGAAACGAUUGUGUCCCAAACUAAGCCACGAAUAA